AAGAGCUUACAAUUGAGGAUUGCCCCAAAUUGAUUAUGAAACUACCCACUUACCUACCUUCUCUUACAAAGCUCUCUGUUUACUUUUGUCCAAAAUUGGAGUCUCCACUUUCAAGACUUCCACUGCUGAAGGAAUUAGAUGUAGGAGAAUGUAAUGAGGCGGUCUUGAGCAGUGGAAAUGACCUCACCUCACUCACCGAGUUAAAAAUUUCUAGGAUUUCAGGGCUUAUCAAAUUGCAUGAAGGAUUUGUGCAAUUUUUGCAAGGGCUUCGGGUUUUGGAAGUAUCGGAAUGUGAAGAACUCGAAUAUUUGUGGGAGGAUGGUUUUGGAUCGGAAAACUCUCUUUCUCUUGAGAUUAGAGAUUGUGACCAACUUGUAUCCUUGGGAUGCAAUCUUCAGUCUUUGGAAAUAGAUAGAUGUGAUAAACUAGAGAGGCUUCCAAAUGGAUGGCAGAGUCUAACAUGCCUUGAAGUAUUGAGAAUUUUGGGUUGUCCAAAGCUAGCGUCAUUUCCAGAUGUAGGUUUCCCACCAAUGCUGAGAAUUCUUCGUCUUGAUGAUUGUGAAGGUCUAAAGAGUCUACCUGAUGGCAUGAUGUUGAAGAUGAGGAACGACAGUACUGACAGCAACAACUCAUGCGUCCUUGAAUUCUUGCACAUAGAGCAGUGUCCAUCUUUCAUUUGCUUUCCAAAAGGGCAAUUACCCACCACCCUUAAGAGUCUAAGCAUACGGGCUUGUGAAAAUCUCAAGUCUCUUCCAGAAGAAAUGAUGGGCAUGUGUGCCCUUGAACACAUUUUUAUAGAUGGGUGUCAUUCUCUUAUUGGAUUACCGAAAGGUGGGUUACCCGCCACUCUCAAGAGACUCACAAUAACUGAUUGUAGAAGGCUAGAGUCUCUACCAGAGGGAAUAAUGCACCAACAUUCCACCAAUGCUGCUGCUCUCCAAGCCUUGGCAAUCUCAAGUCUCAAGUCUCUUCCAGAAGGAAUGAUGCACUGCAAUUCCAUCGCCACCACCAGCACCAUGGACAUGUGUGCCCUUGAAUACUUAAAUCUACAUAUGUGUCCCUCUUUGAUUGGUUUUCCGAGAGGUAGGUUACCCAUCACUCUCAAGGAACUCCGCAUAAGUAAUUGUGAAAAGCUGGAGUCUCUACCAGAGGGAAUAAUGCACUACGAUUCCACAUAUGCUGCUGCUCUUCAAGGCCUGGCUAUCUCUCAUUGUUCAUCUCUCACAUCCUUCCCAAGAGGCAAGUUUCCAUCCACCCUUGAGCUACUUGACAUUAGGGAUUGUGAACACCUGGAGUCAAUUUCAGAGGAGAUGUUUCACUCUACUAAUAAUUCACGUCAAUAUUUAAACAUCGAGAGGUAUCCUAAUCUCAAAACCCUACCAGAUUGCCUCAACACCCUCACAAAUCUAAGAAUUGAAGAUUUUGAAAAUCUGGAAUUGUUGCUUCCUCAGAUAAAAAAGCUCACCCGUCUUACACGGCUCCAGAUCUCUAACUGCAAGAAUAUCAAGACCCCCCUAUCCCAAUGGGGCCUUUCCAGACUCGCCUCUCUUAAAAACCUCUGGAUUGGAGGCAUGUUUCCAGACGCAACUUCCUUUUCGGAUGACCCCCACUCGAUUCUUUUUCCUACAACUCUCACCUCCCUUACCCUUUUAGAAUUCCAGAAUCUGGAAUCCCUAGCCUCCCUGUCUCUCCAAACCCUCACCUCUCUUGAAUUUCUAGCAAUCUACAGUUGCCCUAAGCUCCGGUCGAUUUUGCCAAGGGAAGGACUAUUGCCUGACACCCUUUCACAACUGCGUGCGUGGGAUUGCCCACAUCUAACACAAAGGUACUCGAAGGAGGAAGGAGAUGAUUGGCCCAAGAUUGCCCACAUCCCCUCGGUGGACAUACAUGACUAAUCCAUCUGAGUAAUAAAUAAGUUCCUAAUGAGGUCAUUUACUGGAAAAACGGUGUCGAUUUGAGAAAGGGGAAGAAUGGCGUUAUAUAGAUCUCAUUCCUAAAAUAGUGAUCAAUGAAGUGCUAUUUUAAUCAAAGGGCCACUCCGCCAAUACACAGUCAGUGUUCAUUACAAGUAAUCGGGAUGAGCCUAGAUGUUUGAACUCUCCUUUGGUUCAGCAGCUUGCACUGAUUGGGCGUCCAUGUAAAAUGUGCUCUAACCAAGUGGAUUUCUUCAAAAGGAAGUGGAAUAUGAAGAAAUGAUAGAUUGUUCAGAUUUUGCCUGUAGAGGAAGGGAGAUUGCUGGGUGCUCAACACUUGAUGCUCAUUGCUCUGUUCAAGAAGAAUAAGAAAC